ACGGGGACCGACAUGAAGCUGCUGCGUCCCUCCAGCCCCGAGAGCCACUACGAGACCCUGCGGCACCUCUACCAGGGCUGCCAGGUGGUGCAGGGCAACCUGGAGCUCACCUACCUGCCCCCCGACGCCGACACCACCUUCCUCAAGGACAUCAAGGAGGUGCAGGGCUACGUGCUCAUCGCGGAGAACCAAGUGAGCCAGCUGGAGCUGCAGAGCCUGCGUAUCAUCCGGGGGACGCAGCUCUUCCAGGAGCGUUACGCUUUGGCCGUGAUGGGCAACGCCGGCCCCUCUGGCAUGCCAGGGCUGCGCCAGCUCGGCAUGCGGCACCUCACAGAGAUCUUGAAGGGAGGGGUGCGCAUCGAGAGGAACCCCCAGCUCUGCUUCCAGGAGACCAUCCUCUGGUCUGACAUCUUCCACCGGCACAACGAGCUCCGCGAUGAGACCCAGGUGGAGAGCACCCGCAACCGCAGCUGUCCCGAUUGCCGGGCGCUGUGUGCCGAGGGGCACUGCUGGGGCGAGGGGCCGCAGGACUGCCAGACGCGUGAGUACGGGGCCUGCAGCCAGCUCUGCUCCCCCCCACCCCGGGACCCCCAAAGCCCCUGCCCCGGGCAGUCCGCUGCCGCCUCCACCGGCCCCAAGCCCUCCGACUGCCUGGCGUGCCUGAACUUCAACCGGAGCGGGAUCUGCGAGCUGCACUGUCCUCCCCUUGUCAUCUACAACUCGGACACCUUCGAGUCGGUGCCCAACCGCGACGGGCGCUACACCUUCGGUGCCAGCUGCGUCAGCCAGUGCCCCUAUAACUACCUUGCGACGGAGGUGGGGUCCUGCACCCUCGUGUGUCCCCAGAACAGCCAGGAGGUCACCGUCAACAACGUUCAGAAGUGCGAGAAGUGCAGCAAGCCCUGCCCGGAGGUGUGCUACGGGCUGGGAGUGGAUUUCCUCAAGGGCGUCCAUGCCGUGAACGCCUCCAACAUCCAGCACUUCGCCGGCUGCACCAAGAUCUUCGGCAGCCUGGCCUUCCUGCCCGAGACCUUUGCUGGGGACCCCAGCACCAAUACGCCACCCCUGGACCCCAAGCUGCUGCGGAUCUUCGAGAGCCUGGAGGAGCUGACGGGAUUCCUCUACAUCGCUGCCUGGCCACCCGGCUUCCAGGACCUGGGCGUCUUCCAAAACCUGCGGGUCAUCCGGGGCCGCGUGCUGCACAACGGUGCCUACUCGCUGACGCUGCGGGACCUGGCAGUGCAGGCACUGGGGCUCCGCGCCCUGCAGGAGAUCAGCAGCGGGAUGGUGCUCGUCCACCACAACCCCCAGCUCUGCUUCCUCCAGAAGGUGCCCUGGAGCAGCAUCUUCCGCAACCCCCGCCAGCGCCUCUUCCAGACCCACAACAAGCCCCCCGAGCAGUGCGAGAGCGAGGGGCUGGUCUGCUUCCACCUCUGCGCCCACGGGCACUGCUGGGGCCCCGGCCCGACCCAGUGCGUCGCCUGCGAGCGGUUUCUGCGUGGCCAGGAGUGCGUCGCCUCCUGCAACCUCCUGGAUGGAGCCAUCCGGGAGCACGCCAACGGGACGCGGUGCCUGCCCUGCCACCCCGAGUGCCAGCCCCAGAACGGCACCGAGACUUGCUUCGGAUCGGAGGCGGACCAGUGCGUGGCUUGUGCCCACUACAAGGACGCGCAGCAGUGCGUGCGGCGGUGCCCCAGCGGGGUGAAGGCAGACGCCUCCUUCGUGCCCGUCUGGAAGUACCCAGACGAAGAUGGCGUCUGCCAGCUCUGCCCCACCAACUGCACCCACUCGUGCACGAUCCGGGACGAGGACGGCUGUCCCGUGGACCAGAAGCCAAGCCAGGUGACGUCCAUCAUCGCUGGCGUGGUGGGGGCUCUGCUGGUCGUCGUCCUCCUGCUCAUCACCGUCAUCUGCGUCAAGCGCCGGCGGCAGCAGGAGCGGAAGCACACCAUGCGGCGCCUGCUGCAGGAGACCGAGCUGGUGGAGCCGCUGACGCCCAGCGGGGCCCUCCCCAACCAGGCCCAGAUGCGGAUCCUCAAAGAGACGGAGCUCAAGAAAGUGAAAGUCUUGGGCUCCGGCGCUUUUGGCACUGUCUAUAAGGGCAUCUGGAUCCCUGACGGGGAGAGCGUGAAGAUCCCGGUGGCCAUCAAGGUCUUGCGGGAGAACACGUCACCCAAAGCCAACAAGGAGAUCCUGGAUGAGGCCUACGUGAUGGCAGGGGUGGGCAGCCCCUAUGUGUCCCGGCUGCUGGGCAUCUGCCUGACCUCCACGGUGCAGCUGGUGACGCAGCUGAUGCCCUAUGGCUGCCUCCUGGACUACGUGCGGGAGAACAAGGACCGCAUCGGCUCCCAGGACCUGCUCAACUGGUGUGUGCAGAUCGCCAAGGGGAUGAGUUACCUGGAGGAGGUGCGGCUGGGGGACCCGGGCCCGGCUGCUCGCAACGUCCUCGUCAAGAGCCCCAACCACGUCAAGAUCACCGACUUUGGGCUGGCCCGGCUGCUCGACAUCGAUGAGACCGAGUACCACGCUGACGGCGGCAAGGUCCCCAUCAAGUGGAUGGCACUGGAGUCCAUCCUGCGCCGGCGCUUCACGCACCAGAGCGAUGUCUGGAGCUACGGCGUCACCGUGUGGGAGCUGAUGACCUUCGGGGCGAAGCCCUACGAUGGGAUCCCCGCCCGGGAGAUCCCCGCCCGGCGGGAGAGGGGGGAGAGCCUGCCGCAGCCGCCCAUCUGCACCAUCGACGUCUACAUGAUCAUGGUGAAAUGCUGGAUGAUUGACUCCGAGUGCCGGCCCAAGUUUCGGGAGUUGGUCACCGAGUUUUCCCGCAUGGCCCGGGACCCCCAGCGCUUUGUGGUCAUCCAGAACGACAUGGUCGGGCUGCCCGGCUCCAUCGACAGCACCUUCUACCGGGCGCUGCUCGAGGAGGAGGACAUGGAUGACCUGGUGGACGCCGAGGAGUACCUGGUCCCUCACCAGGGCUUCUUCAGCGCCGAGACCUCCACCACCUACCGCAGCCGCAUCUCCUCCACACGGAGCACGGCGGAGACCCCGGCCGACGUGGAGGAGGGUGGGGGCUUGGCCGCCUUCCCCUUCCCGCCCCAGGGCCUGGCAGAGGGGCCGGAAGACCCCGUGCCGGAGGUGCCAGAGGGGGACGGCGGGGCCAAGGUGGCCCUGCAGAGCCCGGCGGCGCGGGAGCCCGGCGCCCUGCCGCGGUACAGCGAGGAUCCCACCGGGCUGUCGGCCAAGGAGAGCGAGGUCCUGGACCCCGAGGGCUUCACCGCACCAGCCCCCCGCACCGCCAUGCCAGAGUACGUGAAUCAGGCUGGGGAGCGACGGUCCCCACCCCGGCACCCCCGCGUGCCCCCGUCCCCACCGGACAAGCCCAAGGGGCACCAGGGCAAGAACGGGCUCAUCAAGGAAAGCUGCGCACCGGCGCAGGUGACCCACUAG